ACGACUUUUAUUUUUUAAAGUAAUCGCAUCUGCUUCCGGGUUGAAGGGCCUCAACGUGGUGCAGCAGGAGCUCAACGUGUGGAGCAGCUCGAAAUGAAAGCUCAGAUUAACUGAAGGAGCAACUGCAAAUACAGCGUUCAAAACAGCUUGAAUCCGUUCAGUGAUGGGGGAGUUCAAGGUUCAUCGUGUUCGCUUCUUCGACUACAUGCCCUCAGCUGUCCGUGCUUUGGCCUUCGAGCCGCAGCGUGAGCGGAUCGCAGUGGCGAGGGCAGACGGCUCUGUGGAGAUCUUCAAUGUGGCUGACAACUUCUUUCAGGAAAAGGUGAUUCCUGGGCGAGAGACGCGGGCCUCUGAGGCCCUGGCCUGGGUCGGAGAGCGUCUCUUCAGUGCAGGUUUAAACGGCGAGAUUGUUGAGUACGAUGUGGACAGUCACAAGGUGAAAUACACACUCGAUGCUUAUGGAGGCCCCAUUUGGACCAUUGCAAGCAACAAGCAAGGAACUCAUUUAGCUGUUGGUUGUGAGGAUGGAACUGUUAAACUGUUUGAGGUGUGUGAAGGUAAAAUCCAGUUUGAAAAGAAUCUGGCCAAACAAAAAGGACGCAUCAUCUCACUGUCCUGGCAUCCUUCAGGCUCGAGGAUAGCUGCAGGAAUGAUGGAUAUGAUUCGGGUCUUUGACACUGAAACAGGUCAGUCGGUUCACAGGAUGCUGGUGGAGCGUGGAAUAGGAACAGCCAAGAGUAAGGAGUGUGUCGUUUGGAGUGUGGUUUACCUCACCGAUGGCACCAUCGUCAGCGGAGAUUCGUCUGGGAAGGUUAAGAUAUGGGACGAUCACACAGGGACACUGAUUAAAAGCCACCAGGUCACCAAGUGGGACGUGCUGACAUUAUCAGCUUCACAGGAUGAGACCAGCGUCGUUGCAGGAACGUCAGAGGGAACCGUGAUACAAUUCCAGUUCCUCUCCAUGGUUCUAGGACAGGAGGAUAAAGGGUGGGUCCGAACCAGAACCUUCAAGAACCACACGCAUGAUGUCCGCUCUGUUUUGGAGAUCAACACGGCCGUUGUUUCAGGAGGAGUGGACACACAGAUUGUCAUGAGGCCUCUCCUGGAUAAAAUUGAAGUGAAGACCACUGCUACUGCCUUCCGCAAGAUCCAGUUUCCUCAUCGGAGUUUAGUGUCCUGCGCAAAGAAAACGGGUCUGCUGCUGUUCCAGUACCCGACACAUCUGGAGCUGUGGAGACUCGGGGAGAGUGAUGGCACCGGGAUGCCUGGAAGCAGUUUACCUAUUAAAAGGAAACCAGAGAAAUUACUUCAUUUAAAGACAAAGGGUGAGGAGCAUAUUUGCUGCAGUGCCGUGUCUCCGUGUGGAGAGUGGAUCGCCUACUCUACAGUGGCCAGCUUACGUCUGUACAGAUUACACUGUGAUAACAACAACGUCAGCAUCACGAAGGUGUCCAAGCUCCCAAAGAUCCUCAGCACAGCCAAUCAGAUAUGCUUCUCUUCAGACUCUUCCCGUCUGUUUGUGGCUUCCACUUGCUCUACCGUCCACGUGGCAGCUCUGAGCCAAACGGAGUGCAAGUUCGUAACCACGCUCAAGUCGAAAUCAGGCUCUGGCCAGGCCAUUCAUCUGUUAGCAGCCAGCGAGGAUGGAAAAUGGCUGGCCUCGGCCAACAGCGCCCACGAAGUUCACGUGUACAGCCUGAAGAAGAUGAAGGUACACUGUACCGUGCCUGUUUAUAGCUCUGGAGUCAGCGCCAUGGCCAUCCAUCCAACAACUAACAACCUGUUCAUGGUGCACGCAGAUCAGCAGCUGUUUGAGUACUCUAUAGAGCAGAAGCAGUACACUGACUGGAGUCGACUGGUGCAGAGGAACGGCCUUCAUCGUGUGUGGCUGGAGAGAGACACACCAGUCACUAAUGUGACCUUUAGUCGCAAAAACCCAGCUCACAUUGUACUACAUGAUAUGUACAUGUUCUGCAUCAUUGAUCAAACCCUGCCUCUUCCUGAUAACAAAUCUCAGUUCUACAAUCAGCUGACUCUGCGAAGCCUCCCUGAGAAGGAAAGAAAAUCCCAAAGCCAUGCUUUCAAAGUUUGCAAGACUUACAAGGAGCUGCUGUUUGCUGGGCUGAUGGAGGAUCAGUCGCUGGUGGUGGUGGAGCGACCCCUGUUGGACAUCACUGCUCAACUCCCACCACCAGUCAGACAGAAGAAGUUUGCUACAUAAGUGUCUGUGCGUGUGUCUGUGCGUGUGUCUGUGCGUGUGUCUGUGCGUGUGUCUGUGCGUGUGUCUGUGUCUGUGCGCAUGCAUGCAAGCUCAUGUGUGACACAUUGUGAACCUGCUUUCCCCAUGCUUUGUAAUAACUGUUUGAUACAUAUACAGUAAUAAACAGAAUAUUUACUGUAAUAUGAAAA